AAAUGAAAGGAUGAAAUAAUGGAGCAAAAAGAGUUACCCAAUUUUUGCAACCCAAAAGUGUGUGUGAAUGUGUAUUUAUAACACACAAGUCUGUUAUACAACAAAAUAGAUUUAUAAUUUUUAAAUUUUAAGACAAGUGAUUUAAUACAGUAUUUAAUAUUAUUUCGGUACAAUUUAAAUUAAUCAAUAUUUAGCAAUAAUUGUGAAAAUACAAUGAAAUACCGCAAGAGCUUCAACAUCUAUACAUAAAGCAGCAGCUCUCAACGUCUUUUUUUGAUCAACAUGCGGUAACAACAACCCUUUCUUUUGUUAUUAAUGGUGAUGGUAACAAUUGACUGACAGUGGUUAAACAAGCUUUAAUGUGGACAUUAUCAUCAAUCAAAAACAAUCUCAGUCCUGCCUAUCUGUAAACAAUUUUUCUGAGCUUGGACAUGUUUACAUGACUCUAAUCAAGUCAACAGCUUUAAUUAAAUUUUAUGGACUCUAUUUUUCUGCCUUCCAUCAUUAACCAGAUACAAGGAACUAUAUUUUACUAUUGAAGGAACAACGGACCAUUCCUAUUUACAUCGUAUACAAGGAUAUUUUUUCCAGCUAAUAAUUACUCAUAUUUUGCCGAUAAAUUCUGGACAAUCAACUAUACUUAAACAGAUCAUUAUAUUUUAAUCUCAAGUCUACGAUUUCUGAUCAAUGAUUUGCCCAUUUGCUGGUAUCAACCUUUUAUUUAUCCUGAAAGCAUAAUAAAAAUCAGAGGAAGGCAAUAAUAAUAAACAAGAAACACGGAGAAAUUAAAAGAAGGAGAGAUUGAAAUUCGGUGUAACCGUAUUAAUCAAUUAACUGGUGAUAAAAGAUGGAUGGUUACAUCGAUUGUUGAAAGGUUGUCAUCAGUGAUUGUUGUUAUCUACGGUUAUCGAGAUUCCAAGCAAACAAAUUUGACGGUACCGGCAGUCAAAACGGAUCUAUGCUGUCCAUGUUUCACUUCCUCCUCAUCCAUUUCCUCUCCUCAUCAUCACUGUGCAAGUCAAAUAACCAGAGAAACUUAUCCUGACUCUAAAUCGCACCCAACCAAUUUAGGUAUCAUUGAUAGAUGUAAAAAAUGGAGAUGGCUGGUUAAAAAUGGAAGCAACCGAUUAAAUGAGGAGAAAGUAAAUUGUACAAAUGAAGAUCUUCAUGAGGACCAUGUUAGCGAGUUGAAAUAUGGGCCAGAUUCUUCAUCUAUUGAAAUAGAUGAUUGUUCAAGAUGGAAACCCCAGAAACAAUUUGUCGUUGUGGUCGAUCUCGAUAGUAACAAUAAUGAUACCAAUGAUGGCAAGAGUGACACCCUAUCUGGAUCAACGCACGACAUUGAGAUGACAUCAAAGAAACCGGUAAAAGCUUCACCGGUUAAAUUAACCUUUGAAGGAUUUGGAAGUAGUCUGGAUGGUCAAUCUUUGCAAAGGCGAUCACUUAAUCAGCAUCAUAACGCUUCAUUGGAUGAGGAGUCAAUUUGUUCCUCCAAGGACACUUGUUCCGCUUUAACUGGUAAAAAAUCGGCUUCCCUCUAUUUUCAUCAAAUUUGCGACGAGUUGCCACCAUUCUCCUCGGAACAAGUCUAUAACAAUAAUAAAACGAAGGCCUACAACGUUAAAAACACGAACACUAAAAAUAGCAAAAAACCGGAAAAUAACAGCGACAAUAAUAUUAGUAAUAAAAACAAUAUCGAUACCAAAGAUAAGUGCUGGGAGACGAGAACAGGUAAAAAUAGCGAGCUUGGUGAAAAUAUAUCAGCUUCACUUGAAAGCAAUCUGCCGGGUAAUCAGCCAAAUAUUGGUGAAAGCAUUGGUGGUCGAAGGAAACAAUCAUUGACGGUUCCAGAAGAGCUCAAGUUUCAUCCACAUCACUCCCACCAUUUACUUUCAUCAACUUCCCACCAGCACCAUCAUCACCGUCACCAAGUACACCGAUACGGACAACAUUCCCGAGACGCUUCACCAGAACACAGUCACAUUCAUCAACACUGUUUACGGCAGUAUACACCUCGCCACCAUACUCAACAGCAUCAUCAUCGAGCCUCAUCUAUGGGCCAUCAGCAAUUGGAACAUCGAUCAGACGAAGGAACCAUUGAAGAAAGCGCAUCACCAAAAUGCAAAACAGAACCCAGUCGAAGUCCCUCUCCAUUAAGCACACCGUCUCCAAGUGGAAGCACAUCUCUACAAUUUUUCUCUCGACCUUUCGACGAUCAAUCAAUUGGCUCAUCAUGCAGCUCUUCGGGUGUUGAACUUGAAUUUACCCGUAAAUGUACAGUUUCUGCUGAUAGUUUACUUCUUCAUCCGGACAUUACUGGUUCCUCUUCGGACACCGGAGUUACCAGCGUCAACCUGGGUGGUGCCAUGGGAGGUGGCUCAAGAAUGGGUCACCAAUAUCAUCAUUCUUCUCAUCCUUCUUAUCAUCAUCUUUCCGAGACAGUAUCUGGAUCAACAGGGACUUGCUUGGGACAAGAUGAAGCCAAGCCAAUGUCUUCCGAUUCCUCACUGGAAGCCGGAAAAGGUUACAAGGCAGGUUUACUUUUGGAUCCUGGAUCUUUGGUGAAGAGAAAAAUCUCUGGCAGUUUAAGCUCCGAUCAAAUACAUGAUGAUUUAAUGUUUAGUGAUAAGGUUACUCUGACUCCAGGAACUCGAAGUGUUUCACCCAAAAUGAUAUUUACGGGUAAAUACAGGCGAGAUAAAAACACUUCAACCAGCAGUCCGUCAGCCUCACGAGUAACCGGUAAACAAGUUAACCCAAGUGAACCUUUAACGGGUUCACCUUCAACUGCAGGUGUAUCAAUACCGAUAACAAGUCAACCUUCAACCAGUCAAUCUCCAAGUACAUCAGAGAAACGUAAAGCUUCAAUGGCCAAUGUUGUACUCUCUGGUCCAGGUCGACUUGCUCGUCUACUCAGGCGAACUCAUUCCGCUGGAUGUUCAAAAGAUGUUCCUUCUCAUGCACUUUUCCUUCGAGAAAAGCCAAUGAAACAUCAUGCAACAUCAGCACCAACAACUGAAGGGGAAAUGGGUGAUAAACGAAGAGGUCGCAAGCAAGCUCCAGCUUUGGAAGACAUGAAACAACGUUUAAGAUUCUUACGCCGUCGUCACACUGAUUCAUCAAUUCAGUCUACCAAUGUUAGACCGACACCAGAAGAGGCUUCAAAAUGGUCAGAAUCUUUUCAUCUACUCAUGAGAAAUAAAUAUGGAGCAACCUUGUUUAAAGCCUUUCUAGCCAGAGAGUACAGUCAAGAAAAUAUUGAAUUCUGGAUUGCCUGUGAAGAGUUCAAGAAAGUACGACCAGCUAAAAUGCCUUCAAAGGCUCGAAAAAUUUACGACGAUUUUGUUGCUGUUAAAUCACCCAAAGAGAUUAAUUUGGAUCCUAAUUUAAGGACAAAUAUAUUUCAAAGUUUAACAGCACCAGAAGAGGGUACAUUUGAUAUUGCUCAGCGUAAAAUUCAAGGCAUGUUGGAACAAGAUGCUUACCUGAGAUUCCUUCAAUCGGAAUUGUAUCGUGAUUUACUUGUACCAAAUGAACCCAAGAAAGCGGAUGCAACCUGCAAAUAUGAAUCAGGAAAAUUGAGUCCUGAAAGUCAUUUAUAAAAAUUGUGAUGUUGGCCAAGUUAAACCUUUUAAGUUGACCACUAAAGCCUCAAAACUAAGCAAUUCAUCAACAAAACAGAAAUCUUUCAAAAUAUUCAAUAAUCAAAGAGAAAUAAAUCACAAAUUUUGAGAUCAAAAAUUGAGCAAAAACAUCAAGUUAGAGAUUGAAAUCGGUUGCCAUUUGCAAAUUUAAAUAGAUCUAAAUUAAUGUAAUUGCAAAUGGCAACUUGAAAUGCAAAAAAAAGACGAGAAAAGAUGGUAAAUUGAAGCUUCAGUAAGAAGCUGACUUUGCCUGAUUAGCGUCAAAAUUUGACUCACAUGAAUUUUUGUUUUGUUUUUUCGUACCUCAUUUACUUGUUCACUUCAAAUCAUGUUUAUAAUGGUUACACGUUGUCUUGAUUAUAAUCAUCAAUCUCUAUGGUUAUUGAAAGGCACCAUUUAUUAUAAAAAAUGAAAAAUAGAUUUUUGCUGUUCAUCUUAAUUCACUUUCUUGCAAAGACAGUAUGGUUAUUUAAAGACGCAGUUAGCGUUGACCAAAAUACACUCACAAAACGACCUCAAAAAUCUCCACAACACCAUUCCUUUGUCCACUUUGUACCUUUCUGAUUCCAAUCUGAUUCCAAUCUGGUCUAACUCUGGUCUGAAUUAGAUCGGAUUUUCAAAUUUUUUGCUGGUCUUCUUUUUCAUUCAACUGGCUGAUUAUGGACAGCUUUUUUCCAUUUACACAUUUUGUUCGCCAAAACAAAAACCAUCCGAUUCAACUCCUUCUGUACUGCAACUUGAUAGGAUCGGGAGUGAAACAUUUCCGAUUAUUUGUUAUAUUAUUCAUAAAAAAACUAAAUGUAUAAAUAUGUGAUGCCAACGAUAAAUAAGAAACCAAAAUCACCAACCACGAAAAAUAAUGCAACUUUCCUUUCAAUUGUCAAACAAUUUGAAUCUUUGAAUCUCAAUGUUUUGAAGAUCGUUAAUAAAAUCCAAAUUAUAUCAAA